AGUAGGAGUACGUACGGAUCUCAAGACUGUAGAUGGCAUCCACAUCUCUGCCACUCAUCAGGGGAGGCCUCCUCCUUUUCUCUGAGUACUCAUCCCUUUCCAACCACCACAGCCCGGCAACUCUCCCCAAGUGGGGAUGGAAAAGAGACCAAGAAGCAAGCAUGGUCAUCAACCGAACCAGAGGCCAAGCAUUUCAAAUCUUGGCCAAACCUAAUGCGUCUUCAGGGAACAUAGGUUUAAUCAAACAAGUGAUUAUGGUUGAUCCUUUGGAAGCCAAGCGGUUGGCUGCCAAGCAAAUGCAAGAGAUUGAAGCUAAAGAGAAAUUCAAGAGAAAACGUCAAAUUGAAGCAAUUAAUGGAGCAUGGGCAAUGAUUGGUCUCACAGCAGGCUUGGUCAUUGAAGGUCACACCGGAAAAAGUAUUCUGACACAGUUGGCUGGAUACUGGAGUGCCAUAGUCAAUUUUUUGGUGCAAUAGGAGUAAAGUUUGAGGAAUUGCAGAUUGAUUGUCUGAUCACUCUAUGAAACUGAAUCUGUUAGAUCUUUCAAGUUAAUGUUGCUUCUGCGCACAAUCUUGUACUGUUUUAUUUCAGUGGCUACUCAUUACACUGUGAAAAAUCUUUCUGCUUCCCUCUGUAAUAAGAUCCCAUUAAUGUGUAAGAAUAUUGUCAGAAAUCCUCGAUAUAGAACAUGUUAGUCAUAAUUUGUUGUAAUGAUGUCUACUGUUCGGUUACAGAGUCAGUCCGGCUGAGAUAACCCUGGCAUGUACGGCAUGGAAUCUACCCAAGCCGGAUAAGGUUUGAUGAUCAUGCGGUUCCUUCUCAAUUUAUCUUAUUUUGGAAGUAAUGAGAAAAUGAUCUAUUAUGAAUAUUUGCUUUUA